UUUUAGCGCCUCACACAAUUCACAUCUACUAGGAACACGCCGGCGCGGAUGCUCCGAGGCAAGGCCUGUAUACAGAAGACAGAACAGAUGCACACCUCCCCUCCCCGGAGACUCGCUUGUACACUAGGGGAGGUGGGCAGGAGAUCAAUCGAGCAAGGGAUUGAAGGAUGGAGGUUGCCGUGGUGGUUGGGCCGAUAGUGAGGCUGCUGCCGAAGCUCCUAUCGGUGGUAGAUGGGAAGAGGAAGCAGCUGGACAACCUGGAGGUCGACGCUGGAUUCAUCCGCCGCGACCUGCAGUCGAUCCAAGAAAUCAUUGGCCGCUCCAGUGGCGGCAGACCCAUCACGGACCUCUGGAUCCGAGACCUCAGGCGCUUGGCCGACGACAUGGAAGACUGCAUCGACCGCUUCCAGGUCGGGAAGAUGAGCAGAAUCCGGUUCGUCGGGAAGAUCGCCAGACUGAAGAAGCGGUCCAAGGAUACGCUCGAGCAGUUACAGAACUUCAUCAGCAUCGCCGGCGCACCUCCGGCUGCACCUGACCACCCCGCGGGGGGCACCGAGGAUCCGGAGGAGCAACUUCUUGCUCUGCUUACGCGGAGCCAGUCGGAGGCGCGGCGGGGGGAGCUCAAGGUAAUCACCGUCGCCGGCUUCGGUGGAGUAGGUAUGACCCGCCUUGCCCACAAGGUUUACAGUGACAGGGAUGUGCGCAGCCAGUUCCCUCUGCACGCCUGGGUUCGUGCGGCGCCGGGCAUCAACCUUCUUCAGGAGAUACACGACCAACUGCUACCAAUUCUCACCAAGAGGCAAGCCGAACAUGGUGCGAGUUCCUCCAGCUCCAAAAGCAUACCACAAGUCAACGGAGACGUCGAACAUGGCGCGAUUGACCAUCGGCUCGCCGGACUACUCAAGACCACAAGGUAUUUGAUUGUGAUUGAUGGCGUGAAUACACAUGAGUUGUGUGGCAUACUAUCUUCCAUUUCUUGGGCUGAUGGAGUGGACGGCAGAAUUAUCAUGACGACGGCCAUUCAGCUACCAGCAGCGACAUGCUGCAGAUGUGGUGACGGUUCUUCACUUGCUAUGGGUAGCACAAGCCAGGUUUUCAUCGGAGAGCUGACCGAGAGUGGAUUUGUGGAGGCCUGCCACCAUCUUCGUGAUGACACACUAGCAAGAAUGCAGCGCAGCAACAACGAGAUCCUAUCCAACCCUGUUGUCCAGGACUUGUUGCUGUAUUUCUGCAUAUUUCCACGAGACCAUCCUGUCAAGAGGAAUCCCCUGAUAAGGCGAUGGCUGGCUGAAGGACUUGUUUUUCCUCAACAAGAAACAGAGUGUUUUUCCCAGGAUGUUGCGGCCAAGAAUUUGGAGAGCCUAAUCAGCCGCGACGUCAUUCAGCCCAUUCAAGUGAGGAAUUACGGAAGUGUGAAGAAAUGCCAAACUUCUGGGAUGAUGCUCAACUCCAUUUCCAGCAAAUCCAACUCACAGAAUUUCAUCACCAUGUUGUGUGGUAGCAAGACGACAGAGAAGGAUCCGCCGGGCAAAGAUAUCCGCCGGCUUUCCCUCCAUCUUAACAGUGCGGCAAAUGGGCCCCGGAAUUUACCAAAGGAUUUAUCACGUCUCCACAGUCUGGCAGUUUUCCCUGAUGACGCGAAUAUCACAAGGCAUCAACCUAAUUUGAACUAUGCCAAGUAUAAGCUACUGAGAGUUUUGGAUCUGAAGGAAUGCGCUGAUGUGAGAGCAAAACAUGUUGGCAAAAUUUGUGACCUGUUGCUGCUCAAAUAUCUGAGCUUUGGAGACAGUGUUGAUGAGGUUCCAAGGAAAAUAGCGAAGCUGAAAUGGUUAGAGACUCUCGACAUGAGGAGAACCAAGGUAGUGACGUUGCCAAUUGAAGUCUUCCAGCUCCCUGGGUUGAAACACCUUCUUGGAAAGUUUCAGCUAGCUGAAGGUGACAGCACACAGAAGCUAGAGGAGCUCUUGACAAAAGAUAGUGAGCUGCAGAGGCUUUCUGGAUUUGUCAUCGGCAAAAGCGAAGAGUUUGCACAGUUGAUGGGCCACAUGGCGAAGUUGAGGAAGGUGAAGAUAUGGUGCGAUUCCACUGCAGAUGUGACGAAACUGGCUCAUGUUUUAGGAGCCACGAAGAAAUUCAUUCGCGAUGGCAUGGACAUGACAAGAGUUGAUCGUUCCUUGUCUAUCGACUUCCAAGGGUGCCCAACAGAAUGCUCAGAACAAUUCAUGGAUUCUCUGCAAGCCGAAGGCCGUCUUACCUCACUGAAAUUGUGUGGCAAGUUGACGCGACUCCCUCAGUUCCAUGCAAAUACGAACUAUAUCGAGGAGCUGUGCCUCUCAAGGACUAAUCUGAGAGGGGACACAAUCCUAAGCGGCCUGUCUGCACUGAGAAUGAAACUGAAAUAUCUCAAGCUGGUAGAAGAUGAGCUUGGUCAGUUGGUCAUAAAACCAGAGCAUUUCCGCAGCCUGAGGGGGUUAUGCCUGGUGGGCGAGCGGAGUAUGGAGGACAUAACAAUCCAAGAUGAAGCUGUGCCCUACCUUGUCUCACUUCAUAUAUUUUGUGAAGCUCUAGGUGAUCUUCCUGGCAUCGACAUCACACACAUGGCAAGGCUAAAAGAAGUCGCGCUCCAUUCUGGAGUACAAGAGACAAUAAAGGAUGGGUGGCAGGCAGCUGCAAUGAACCAUCCUAACAGGCCCAAAGUUUUGUUCAUCCAUCCUGCUAAUUCCCGGCAGAGAGACCCUCCGAUGUUGUGCGGAGCAACAGGGGAAACUGCAAAUUGGACGAAGCCAAUUGGGAGAAAAUUUGCCACCUCCAUCAUGGGGGGCAUCUUUUGUUGUGUACGGCCAUCCUGAUGCACUGAAGCAGCCACAGCGAUCACGUAGGAUGCGACCGUUGGGAGGCAUGGCCUUGGGGAAGACAAACGUGCGAGCUUCUCUGUGAGGCGGCUCCAGUGGUGAGUACAUUGAGAUGUCAUGAUGAUCAAUGAUGUCCCGAUAAGCAAGUUACGAGUGAAUUCUGCCGAUAACUUUUCGAAGAAGUUUAGAUGGUUACACACAAUGUCAAGAACAAAGUAAAGAAAUCCGGCCAUACAGGUACAUUAUUAGAAAAA